GCUCUCUGGUGUUCACUGACCAGAGCACAUCACUCGCGCAAAGCAGGAGGGAGCGCACACACACACACACACACACACACUUGGACAGUUGCGCUUCCCUCGUGAAAACAAUGGCAAACCAUGGUCUGUUUUGAAAAGGCAACCACAGGCAGCGAGCAGCGAGGCAUUCAGCGAGCUGGCAUUGUAUUUAGAGGCUUUUCUGCUCUGCAUCGCUUUAGUCGUGUAUUGAUUUUAAUGCACAUGUGCGUGCAGAUUCUAUUUAGCUUUAUUUAAAAAUGUGCACGACGCUCUCUGCCAGCUCACACAUUCAGUGCAUGUGUGGCUAGCUCGUCACUGCUGCCUUUUCACUGUUCGGGGCUCCAGCCACUAGCUCCUUUUUUUUCACCCUGCUAGUAAGCUAGCGCUAGCUCGGUGGCUUGUAUUUACUUGAGAAUAAGUAAAAAUAAAUCCGAAUGUAGCGCAUAUCAUUUUUACUAUCGGGUCGGAACAGCGGAUAGUAAGUCUACCACACAAUCGUUACUAUCGAGUACGUAAGCGAGUCUUGUAUGGUUUGUGGUAGAAAAUACUUUGCUGGCUAGCGGACUGGCUAGCUAUUUGUGCGCAUUAUUCGACUGAGGAAAACUGCGAGUUUUCUUUUGAAAGUAUGGAUGAUCAAACGAGGAUGAUGUCGGGUCUGGCCGGACUCGGUGGACUAUCGCAGGCCGACGUGGGCGACCCAGACGGGGUUCGAAAGUCACUCGGUCAGCCUCAACAAGACAUUGGGGAUAUUCUUCAGCAAAUAAUGGCCAUCACCGACGAGAGCCUGGACGAGGCGCAGGCCAGAUGCUGGCAAGAGGAGUCUCCGGCGCACUGGGGUGGAUCAGACGACCCCACGGAGGGAGGGGGAGCUGGGGGGGGCACGGCAGGGGGUGGCCUGCCACUCAACUUCCAGCACAGGAAGCAUGCCCUGAACUGUCACAGGAUGAAGCCGGCGCUCUUCAGUGUUCUGUGCGAGAUCAAAGAAAAGACUGUGCUGAGCAUCCGCGGCGUGCAGGAGGAAGACCCCCCGGACCCCCAGAUCAUGCGCCUGGACAACAUGCUGCUGGCGGAGGGCGUGUCCGGCCCGGAGAAGGGCGGGGGCUCGGCGGCGGCGGCUGCGGCGGCGGCGGCGGCGGGCGGCUCGCCGAACGACGGCAGCAUCGAGCACUCGGACUACCGGGCCAAGCUGGCGCAGAUCCGGCAGAUCUACCACUCGGAGCUGGAGAAAUACGAGCAGGCGUGCAGUGAGUUCACCAACCACGUGAUGAACCUGCUGCGGGAGCAGUCGCGCACGCGGCCCAUCUCGCCCAAGGAGAUCGAGCGCAUGGUGGCCAUCAUCCACCGCAAGUUCAGCUCCAUCCAGAUGCAGCUGAAGCAGAGCACCUGCGAGGCCGUCAUGAUCCUGCGCUCCCGCUUCCUCGACGCCAGGCGCAAGCGGCGUAACUUCAACAAGCAGGCGACGGAGGUGCUGAACGAGUACUUCUACUCCCACCUGUCCAACCCGUACCCCAGCGAGGAGGCCAAGGAAGAGCUGGCCAAGAAGUGUGCCAUCACCGUCUCUCAGGUCUCUAAUUGGUUCGGCAACAAGAGAAUACGCUACAAGAAGAACAUUGGUAAGUUCCAGGAGGAAGCAAAUCUCUACGCAGUUAAAACGGCGGUGGACGCUGCCAGUGUGUCGGCGCAGGCUAGCCAGGCUAACUCUCCGGCGACGCCCAACUCAGGUGGAUACCCUGCACCGUGCUACACACCUGACGGCAGGCUAUGAGGAGCUGUCGGCCAGCAGCCUCUUCACCAGUCACCUGGACGCUAACAGCAGCUGGCAGGACGGCGACCCCACCUCCACCUCCACCACCACCACCACCCUCAUCCCCCCGCAGAUCCCCUCUCCACCUGGCCCACCCUGCAGCAUCCACUCCGACACCUCCAACUGAGACCCCACCCCCCCGCCCCCGCCCCCUUCCUGAGAGAGAGAGAGACACACACACACACACACACACACACACACACACACACACACACACACACACACACACACACACACACACACACACACACACACACACACACACACACACACACACACACACACACACACACACACACACACACACACAGUCCCAUUGCCACAGGACUGCCCAGCACUAGGGGGGGAGGGGGGCGGGUUUAUUUGCCUUCCGAUACCGGGACUGCCGAUUCAGAAAUGCGGAAGCCCCCCCCCCCCGACGGCUUCUGAAGAAGGAAAACAACAAAAUGGGAGGGCGGAAACCGACCGAACCGAAACAAACCCUCCCCUUUAAGACCGCCUCCCAAAAGAAAAAGCUUUUCAAGGACCGAUUUGUUUGUUUUUUCCUUCUCCUGUUUCUUUUUCUUCUUUGGAAAAACCACUGAGCGAGCCGCGGCCGUGAACACGUUGUCUGUACACGACCUGUGCAUGAUGCACGUGUUUAAACCUCGCACAGUAUUCAGACAGCCUGUUGACUCUUGACCCACCGGAUGGGUUGGGUUCCGGGGGGGGGGGGGAGGAGGACUCACCCACGCGUUAGGACCGCAGAACGCCCGGUGGAGGCGUUUGAACGGCCGUGUCGACGCGGAUCACUAACGGGAGCUCCAGCUCUCCGCCGCUUGUACCAAAGUGUUGCCCCCAGCAGAGCGCCCCACUUCCUCGGCUCCGCCCACGCCACGCCGACGGCCCACCACCACUUCCGCAUCUUCCGACUUACCCCCCCGAGCUCUGACCCGCGCCCCCCCCCCUACCCGGGAAUCCUCUGCGGCAGCCAGAGAGGAGACACACGAGAUGUGUCAAAGCACAAAAUUCGGCACCUUUUUUUUUUUUUUUGUCCCGAGGAUUGGGUGCUUCCGCCGUCCCUCAAGCUGGGGGGUACUUUACCCUCACCGGGGGGGUUCAGAGAUGGUUCAGAGGUCGGUGCCAAUCCGCUGUUCAGUUUCUUUUGGGUUGGGUUGGGUGGUGAGGGGGCCUGCCCCCUUUGUGUGUUGUGGGGCUUCUUAGAUGGGACGUUCCCAUGCGCUCUGUCAAAGCGGUUUAUUUGAUUGUAGUCUAUUUUCUAAUGCUUUUCUUUCUUUGUCGUUAUUUUCUUCCCACAACCACAAAAAACUCAACCCGGCUGCGACCAAAUAAAACUAGGUCUGGCUUCUCCAGGGAGCGCGGCGAAAGGUUGGACACAGUGGGUGGGGAGGGGGGGUGGGGGGGAAAGUAACCUCUUUGUCGGGACAAAUGUAACAUGAAUUUAGAAAUGUGACCGUCUUCCAUGCAUGUAGGAUUUUUUCUUUUCUUUUUUUAGGUGUGUUUGAUUAUUAUUGUUUUCAUUUAAUCUUCAAGUUUGUAGCUUCACUUUUUAUUAACAAAAAAGAAAAAAAAGAAAGGGUUUAAUGUUAUCAGACAGACCAAAAAAGGAGUGUGCCGUUCCUUGGACACUCCUCAGUGAGACCGGCUUUGGCCUUGCUGUAAUUCUAAACCAUUCACACGACAGGGGUACUUGGGUAAGCAGCCCAUAACGGGGGAACUCCUACUCACUUGAAAAACCAUGUGCGUUCACUGGCCCAAGGCAACACACCACUUCCUAUCGUACCGAAACCAAAAAAAAAAAAAAAAAAGCCUCCACAAUAGACGAUGCUAUGAUGAAACUCUUGCUCGCGUCGUUGGGCAGACACCUUUUUAUUUCCUUUUUGUUUUGAGGAGAGGAGGGAUUUAUUUUUCUUUCAAACUGUCUCUGUUGCCUCCACGGUAGGGCUCGGUCUUACCACCUAUGCGGCAUAGUAUCACACCCGUGAAUUUGAUUGUAUCCUGUACAGUCGAUCACCCGCUUUUUGAUUCGGAAUGUUCUGUUUGUGUUCGUCUUACGACUACGAGAAUAACGUACCAAUGUUUGUCUUUUUUUCUUUAUUUUUACUGAUCUUUGGUUUUUGAUUUGGCCGGUUGGCAAGGGCUUUCUCUCCUCGGUCGCCAAAACAGGCAGCACUGGGUGUACAAUAACUCUCGGCAGGGGUGAAAGACGCACCGGACAAAUGCAAGUGUUUGUUUGUUUAUAGGUUGUUUUCUUUUGCGGGGGAAGGUUGGAAUUCACAUCCUGUGAACGUUUGUCUUUUUCUUUAUGUACAACAGAUAAGCGAAGCGCAAAGGAUUUUGAUAGUAAGAUAAGGCCUUAUGGAUACCGAAAUGUAAAAAUACAAGACUUGUGGCAAAGUUACAGAAAAUAAACUUGAGCUCCUAAGCCUCGAGAGUAAUAAUCUGAUUUAAAAGUACCCGUUUACUGUUACUAUGUACACAUUUCAUAUGACUUUAUCUUACGAAUAAUGUUACCACAACACCAAAACUAGCGUAUACCCCUUUUUUCUACCAGUUGUAAUGGAUGUCACUGUACAGUUUGUGGAAUGUUUUUUCCUUUAUUUUUUUUUUAUAAACCUUUGGGAUGUUUUGAUUGGGUGAAGCCUGCGGUGGUUUGGCCUUUAUUGUGAUGCAGGGGCCACAAUUACGCUGGUAUUUCUCUUAAGUAUCAUAAUUUGAGUCUUUGUUACAUACCUGGAUGCUGUCGUAGGGUUUUACAGGUAUAAAGAUAAUCUGGUGCUGUGGAUAAACUAGAUUCCUACAGGUGUUGGUUGUGUCGAACUUGAUUGAAGAUGACACUAAUUGGUUUAUCCUAGAGAAACCUUUUGUUACUACAGUUUAGAGUGAAUGCAAAAGUUUACAAGUUCCUUAAGUAUACUUGCCAUGUUGUGGUUCUGACAAAACACCAUAGUGAGCGUUGAAAGGUACAUAGUAUACAUGUCACGGUUUGGACCACACUAGGCAAUAGUUUAUUUACAAUGUUCAGGCCGAGAUCUUUCGGAGCCUAGCAGUUUAGGCUAAUAGGCUAAUGGACUGGGCCUCAUAAGCAUAGCCACCACCGUGCUAACCAGCAAGCAAAUCCAAAGGAGUCUGACCGAACACCUAACCAGAAGCUGGGAUGGGAGACUAAAUCUGGUUCCGCUUUAGCGACAAUACUUCCACAGCACCAGAGAAGUUCUUUAACCCGUUUUGGCGGACUUUGUUUUUAAUUAGUAUAUUUUCUAUCUCUCCCGCUUACUCACUUCCCCUUGUAUUUAGCCCUCUCUACCUCUUGUCUUUCCAUUUCUCUUGUAUAUAAUCCCCAGUUUUCAGACCUGCGAGUCUGUAUGAACUCCUUUUAUACCUCAACUUUAGAAUUGUUCUAGAACGAGUGAAACAAAAGGAAUAUGAUAAAAAUUGUAGUGUUCUUAUUAGAAAACUAAUAAAACAAUUUAGUGUGG